CCUGAAACAAUGGGGUUCAUAACAAGGGCUCAAACUUGGUGAGAUCAUUCUUAUCCUUUCUGGCUUCCUUAUAUCUACUCUCCAUCUUAGAAAAAGCCCUAGAUGUAUCGUCUAGGUCUUAGGGGUGGUUUUCGACAACUUCGUCACCUGCGAAACAAUGUCUUGUUUCCAUGUUCUUCCUUGUCCAAUCAUAAUGACAUGUCCUCCAUGGCUGGCAAGGUGAUCUCUUGCAAAGCUGCAGUGGCAUGGGAAGCAGGGAAGCCAUUGGAGAUAGAGGAAGUGAAGGUUGAUCCACCAAAGGAGAAUGAAGUGAGGGUCAACAUCAAGUAUUCUUCACUCUGCCAUACUGAUCUCCAUUUCUGGAAAUCUAAGGGGACGUCACAGAGGUUCCCACGCAUAUAUGGGCAUGAAGCAUCUGGGGUUGUAGAGAGUGUGGGAGAAGGAGUGAGAGACGUGAAAGCAGGGGAUCAUGUGCUGACAGUAUUCAACGGAGAGUGUGGAGAAUGCAGGCAAUGCAAGUCAUCAGAAGAGAGCAAUAUGUGUGAGCUUCUGAGAAUAAAUGCAGAGAGAGAGGUGAUGAUCAGCGAUGGAAGGUCAAGGUUCUGCAUUAAUGGAACGCCUGUGAGCCACUUCUUAGGAACUUCCACUUUCAGUCAGUACUCUGUUCUUCACUCUGGCUGCCUCGUCAAGCUCCAUCCCUCUGCUCCUCUCCACAAACUCUGUAUUCUCAGUUGUGGCAUCUCAACAGGAUUAGGGGCAGCUCUCAACGUGGCCAAACCAAACAAGGGUGAUUCUGUUGCAAUCUUUGGUCUUGGAGCUGUUGGCCUUGCUGCUGCUGAAGGUGCAAGAAUUGCUGGUGCAUCCAGGAUCAUUGGGGUUGACUUAAAUCCCGAUAAAUAUGAGCAAGCCAAGAAAUUUGGAAUAACAGAGUUUGUGAAUCCAAAGGACCAUGAUAAACCAAUUCAGCAGGUCCUGAUAGAGAUGACAGACGGUGGAGUUGAUAGGAGCAUUGAGUGCUCUGGAAACAUUGAUUCCAUGACCUCUGCUUUUGAAGCUGUUCAGGAUGGAUGGGGUGUUGCUGUGUUUGUGGGAGUACCAAAGAGUGAUGCAGAGGUAAAGGUAAAUCCAUUUCUGUUUCUGAGUGAGAGGACCAUCAAAGGCACUACCUUAGGCAACUACAAACCCAAGUCUCAUCUUCCUUCUCUUAUUGAUGUGUGCCUCAAUCAUAAACUGGAGCUGGAUAAAUUUAUAACGCACAGAGUUGGGCUUUCUGAAAUAAACAAGGCAUUUGAUUACAUGAUUAAGGGCGAUGGCUUGAGAACUAUCAUUCAUAUGGAAGACUGAUUGAUCUUGGCCAAAUAUUAAAUUACCAACAAAAUUUCCGAUGCUUGUUUGAAUUCAAAUCUGAGAAGAAUAAUUAGAUGGGUUUAGGUUUUGAUGCAAUAUGAUGCACACUUUUCCUUAAAAUUGUCAGACCCCUAAUUUGUUUAAAAUAAUAAUAUUGUGUGCUUUUUUAAACUAGCAAAGUUUUAGGCUCAGAAAUAUUGUAAAUCA